AUGAUUGAGCGAGUCGUAUGGGGCCAAGAAGCAUUUGGUGGCGGAUUCUGUGGUUCAGGUGCAGAUGAUUCGCAGACGUCCAGCACCGCGCCAUGGCGCGGUUUGCGCAAGGGUAGUCUCCGCACCCUGGGGACUAUCGAGUCGCUCAUGAUCCUUACAGAGUGGCACCCGCGCGCCUUGCACUUCCCUCCUGCGGAUGUCACUGACGAGCUAUUGCUCUCCGCAAAUGUACGGGACAACGUCGUUGGCGAAGAUGGUGACACUCGUCUCGCCGGCGGCGUUCGUGGCAAGCGGAUCGACAGUUGGCUGGAGCCUGCCUGGCGAAGUGACCGUAUGUGCUGGAUGCUCCUGAGCACCGCAAUGGGUCUAGCCUAUGAACUAGGCGUGUUCGAUGACAUUGACGAACUGCUCACUUCCGGUGGCAUCACGCGUCCAGAGUACGAAGAAGAAACAUACCGCCUCCGUGCCUACCGCAUCAAGCGCCUGCUCUUGAUCUACCUCUCCCAGCUGGCUGGUCGCCUUGGCUGGACAAACAUGGUCCCGGAAAGCCUGCGGAAAAAAGAUCCAGUCGCCUCUCGGAAACGCCCAAACUCCUCCUUUGAAGGUCAGACACCUAGAACCAGCCUCUCGUCCGUGUCCAAUGCGUUUAACUAUAUCCCCGAUUUAGAGCUCGACGACCAAAUCAUCCACUGCUGGGCAGGAAUUAGCAACGUUAUGCACACCGGCAACGAGAAACUAUUUUCCUCUCGGCAGCAUACGGCAGAGAUUAUCCAAAGCGGGAAAUACACUGAGUUACUCAAAGACUUCCAGCCCUUGCUUCGAGACUGGUGGAAAGAAUUUGAGCGUUUCAAACUACCAACCUUCAUUCGGCACAUCCUCAGCAUCGAGUACGAAUACGUUCGCAUCUACAUUAAUUCCCUCUCCCUCCAGGCUGUUGUAGAGCGCUGUACGACAAACGCAGGCAACAGUGCGGGAGGAGGUAGUGCCUCUGGGGAUGCACCACCACAGCUGUCUCCCCAAACACAGAGUUACUACGGAAAGCUUCCUCUUGGCCGACUUGGUGGUGUCACGGCUGUGGACCAGGCAUACGUAAAAGAAGUAGUCGACGGGUGCCGAAACUUGCUUCGAACCGUCGUUGACGGACUCCUCCCGGGAGGAUAUCUCAAGCAUGCCCCAGUACGGACAUAUUUCCGCAUCAUCAGUGGGGCUAUGUUUCUGCUGAAAACAUUCGCACUCGGUGCUCCCAAGGCUGAUGUUGAGAUUUCCAUAACCCUCAUGGAUCGAACUGUGGAUGCUCUCCGCAACUGUGUAGUCGAUGACGUGCACUUGGGAACCCGGUUUGCCGAUCUCCUGGAGUCCCUUACAAGUCGGCUCCGCAAUCGUUUCAUACAUGCGCCAUCUCUGCCUGCUUCUGCAAACGCUCCUCAGUCAGCCAGCGGCGGGAGCCCUAACCCAACUGCUGAGGCGGCUUUUGGUGUAAGUGGACAUGCACGAGGCCUCGCUGGGCCUGGACAAGGUUUGACGUCGUCCGCUUCUCUACCGGCAAAUGGCGAUCAGAAUUGGUCUAAGACGGGAGUAUCAAGUCUUGAGCGUUCCAGUACACCCGCCAAUAUUUCUGCGACACCAUUUGAUUCUACGGCGGGUAGUUUUCCCUAUCCCUCGGGCACAGCAUCUGUGCUUAACCCAUCCACCCCGGCCGCCAUUGUCGGCAUGGACAAUCCACUCGGCGAUGCUAUUUACUCCGACGCCACAGAUUGGACCAACAAUGAAAUGUGGUAUCUUCCUGCAGGGCCAGCCUUUUUUCAGAACAUGGGUGACUCUAAUGUCGCCAUGACAGCAGAGGGUGUCAGUGUCGCGGGCAUGGAUCUUCUCGAUUUCAUGGCCAUGGAUCCUAACGGGUUCUGA